AUGGGGUGUCACGGGAAUAUGACGAAGUGGGCAAAGGCGCAAGUGAGGGAGUUGCUUGGAAUAUCGCAGCGGUGUCGGAGGAUCAAGCGUGUUGACGUUGGGAGCCAAUGCAUGGUUCGUGGUUCGGAGCUAGUUUUGCUGCACUGGGUUGUUACACCAGGCCUCGCGUUUUCCCCUGAAAAACUCGUGCAACCAUUUGACAUCGUCUCAAUGCAAUUUUGCAUGCACCACACUUUUGAGACUGUCCAAAGGCGCGUUGUAUGCUUGACAGGAACGUCAUUGGUAUACAGAAUUCGGUUUGAAAAUCAGGACUCGAAACCGAUGUUUGGCCGCAGCUGA